AUGUGGGGCUCUACCACCUCUCCUCCUCACUGGAGGCACUCAGUUGAGGGCCCCACAACAAUAGACUGCGAGGAAUCACACUUUAUAGGUUCCUCGGACGACUCGCUACUUCUUCAAGGCCCCAUUCGGUUGGGAUCUGGGGAAGAAGACGUACUCCAAACGGAGAAGGCAGAGAGUGAUGCCGAAGAGGAAUAUACUGAAGGAACUGUAAUACCUGUUCCAGCUGAAACAACGACUGACGGCAACAACAAUUGUGACACGGGCAGCAGCACGAAUUGCUUUCCGCUUGUGAGAAUUGUCAAGCCUAAGCGGGAACUGGCUCUCCCGCUCGGUGCGCAGAAUGAGGGACUGUUGGUGUGCCAAGACUCCAGCUCGACUGCCGACGGGCUUUCUGAAAGCUCCCGCCUGGUAGACGACAAUGCAACGCUUCCUCAGAAGCUAAAAAUCUCCUCCACUGCCGCCAACGGAGGACCCCAAUGCCCUCCACCGGUUACUGCUACUGAGACUUCCCCUUCCUGUAGCUCUUCCCCAAACAUCUUGUCUACAACACCAGUCCUACCGUAUGCAGCUCCUGUGGGCACCUCUGGGAGUAUGGGUGUGGGAACUUCAGGGGGCCGCUCCUGGGCAUGCAGCGCACCAAGGCUACCGGUGGUCUCUACUGGAGGAGAAACUCGGAUGCCUUCUAUAGGAAGUGUCGGAUGCUUUUUUUCCUCAGUUUUUCUCGGAACGAAUAGUCAUACCCCUCUCCUCCCAGGCAGUGCAGCUGUUGCUUCAUCUGCCCUUCCGGGAGCUGUGGGUCACCGCUUUUCAGGCCUCGGAGGCAGCUCACUUAUUCCUUCUGCUUUUUCUUCGGGAGGAAAUACUAGUGGCCUCAGUGCGUUGCCUCAGCAUUCCAAACAACAGCAGCAGCAAGCAGUGUGCCUGAGGCCUCAUUUAGUACCUACAGUGGGCGCACGACCGAGUGGAAACAUGGCUGUAAUUCUCACAGCCCUGCGUAGGCACCUUCGGUCACUAAUCCGCAUUAUGUAUAAUAAGCAACAUGGAAGGACGCAAGCUAGCAAUUCUGCUGUGCAAGAAGAAUCUAACCUUCAAAAGGAGCAAGAUCCUUUAUUGUAUGGCCGUGAAACGGGUGGCGGAUCCGGCGUUUCAGUAAGCCUCAAUGAGGAACAUACCACUGCUUCAUGCUCUCUAAAGGGGCUCAUCAACGGGAGCCAAGCUGAAUACGCACAGUGCUCCCCCCCUGUGGAAAUGCCAGAACUUCCAUCAACCUUGAAGUAUAAGGCUCAGGACGGAUCGUUAAUGGCAGCCUCCGAAGAAGGUAAUAAAGUAAGGUCGCCAGCAGUUAACCCUCAACUGCGCCAUCCAUCCCCGCAGGACGGAGGGACGGAGUCUCAGGACGACUCAUCUGAGGCCAGUGCUCUCUCAGGCAUAGCGAACAGAGUUACAGCAACGAUGCAACUUGUUGGCAGCUCGAGAGACUCAACGUUGUCACCUUUGGGCAGUGUUGAUGGAGCUUCAGAGAGUUGGGAAGGGCAACGAUAUUUCCACGAGGAGCACCUGGAUGCCUGCUCCUUGAGUGAACUCAGUGAAUACCUCCAGAUUUUUUCUUCUUUCUUGUCUCUAUCCCUUUCUGAGGUCUCUAGACAGGAGCCAGCCACUGUGCAGCACGUCAGGCUUCAGCUGUUGCUGCUCCGGAACAGUCAUCAGCAACGACCAAACCGAUAUCGUCAAGUAAAACAAAUCACCCACCGUUCUCCUCCACUCGUACAGUCGUCCGCUGUUGGAGGACCUGAUGCGGACGACGAUGUAACUUCCUUGAACAGCUGUGCGGAAACAGCGACCUCAUCAGCGGACGCUUGCCUGCACAACACGACAUCUGAAGCCUCCCGCCCGUCGAUGCCGUUUAGCAGUACUAACUUAUCCUUUCUUUCAUCAUUUUCCUCAUCGCCCAGUUUGCAGGUCGAUGUUGACGCCCCAUCUAUAGCCACUGCCAACAUCUCUGGGGAGAAGGCACCAAGUAGCGAUGCUGGUCCCACAGGAGAAUGUGAAAUGGGCCCCGAGUCAACGGGAGUAAGAAACGCAGAAUUUCCCUCGUCUUCAGUGGACGCAUUCACCGUGGACGGACCUCCAAACACCAGCACCAACGGAGCUACCAUAGGUACACCUGCCGCAGUGGCAUACUGUCCAGUCCCGUCCCCAGUCCCUACUACAUUUGUUGCUGCAGCAACAAACGACCCUCCUGGCGGUGCAUCAGGGCUUCCUCCGUGCAAGGACAAGCUGCCGCUGCCGUGGAGUUCUGAUUGUGGUGGCACAGCAGGGGCAGUAGCACCACCAGCUGGAGGGUUUAGAUGGUCCCACCUGUCGGGAACCGCCAUUGGCAUAAGACUGCAAAGUCUGAUUGGAGGAACGUCACUGGGUCUGGGUAAUACCCUUUCCUUGUCUGGAAGUUCCGGGGGAGGAGCGAUUCAACAUAGUACAGACACGCCUAGUGGGGCAUCCCUUGCUGCAAACGGCAGCUGCGGGGUAGGCGCACUUUUGGAUGGAGGAGCAGCUAGUCUAGCACUUUCUCCUGGGCCGCUAGAGUGGAUUCGGGACGGUACAACUAGUGCGGCAAGCAACCAACCGAUGGGAGUUCCCGUAUCCCCUUAUGUAUUUUUUAGUAACGGGCAUUGCCAGAACCCUGACAAUGCCUUACCAUACAUGAAGACGGCGCAUAGUAUUCGAGGCUCCUCUAGCGGAUGCCCCACAAGCCCAGCAGAGUUAGGGCUAGUCAUAUCGGCAGAUGGGCUUGGCCAGGGAAGGGUGCAAAGAGGCAAUGUGCAGGUGACCUUCUCCCCGCAGAUGGGAGCCUGGGUGGUUUGCUGUGCACGAGGUUUGCUACAGCAAAGCAGAGCGUUUUCCGUAGCAGCGUUAGGCUUUGAGGGGGCGAAAAAGACUGCUCAACAAUAUGCAACGCACUGCCGCCGGCAGUGCUCCUCCAAGCGUGCAUCUGACCGGGGCGGCAAAGGGAAGGGCGGUGAGGCAAAAGAAGACGCCACAAGAGGUGGAUCGCGAGGUUCUAAGGAUGCCAGCAAAAAACCAGGCAGCGCUGUUACACCAAUUCCCCAAGUUACUAUAGGGCUUGCUGGGCCUCCAGGAGGAGCUUUCAAUUUGGCAAAAAGCACCAACCAGGAGUUUAUUCUUCCCAAGAGCGACUUUUCAGCUAGCCGUGUCGCGCGCCUAAGCCGCAGAGCGAUGGAACUACCAUACGUCCACGGUGUUCGUUUUGAGGCUGCAAAUUUUGCCUGGGUAGCUCAAAUGCGAGGAGAGGCCCGGAGAUUCCUAGUUAAGAAACACGGGUUCGUAAAAAGCAGGCUGUGCGCUAUCGAGAAGAUUGAGAUGUGGAGAGCAGCGCUGUCUCCAGAGGCGCUUGCAAGUGAACUCAAAGCUGAACAGGACGUUUUGGCCAUGGUUCCAAACAUGUGCCCUGAGGAGGCCGACCCCGAGGCAAUGCAGGCUGUAGAGGAGUCUCUGCGGCUGAAGUUCCAACGAGGAACCAUAAUGUCAUGUCGGUCCAAUAGCGGUUCUUCUAUAGGGUUCAAAAGACAACGAAAUCUUUGUAUAGACACUGAGCGAGAUGCAUCCAGGACCAACCGUUCUCAUGAUACUUUUCCCGAGCAUCUCCUGCUACACCAGCAGCAUGUGAUGGCAGCGCAACACUUGAUUUCACAACCUAGCACUCAUCCGGACGGACACCGGCACCAAUUCCAGUUUCCGCAACCCCAUUUCUUGCACAUCACCCAGCAGCAGCUCGUUGAGAACUCCCAGCAACAGCUGGCGGCGCAGGAGCAUCUGCUACGACCCAUGGCGUCACCAGCGUCAAAUGCAGAUCCCACAUCAGCUGCUGAUGCGGUGGAACAGCCACAACAACACCAAAUGGUUCCGUUGCUCCAGGGAUUGCGUACGAGAGGGCAACAGCAGCACCCCCUACUGUCGCAUCAAUUUUCCUCAGUACUCCCUACGCUGCCGGAGAUGCGCCUCCAGAACCACACAAUAGGCGCAAAUAGUCAACCAGCCAGAACAGCUCCUGAAUAA